AAACUCUCUCUCGCGCGCUCUGAUGCCGUCCACCGCCGCCGCCGGCGAGGCCUCCCAGUCAUUCUCCUCCGCCGUAACCACCCCCGACGGCUGGCACCCCCGCACGUCCGAGCGCCGCCUGCUCCACCUCCUGCACCACUCCUCCCGCGCCCGGCGCCGCCCGCUCCAGCUCCUCGCCUUCGCCGUCCGCCACUGCCUGCACUCCUCCCCGCCCUCCCCGCACCACCACUUCCUCACCGCGCUCCUCCUCCUCUCCUCCCCGCCGCCUCCCGCGAUCCCUCUCCUAAGCCUCCUCCCUCCCGACCCGCCACCUCCCCUCCCACUCCUCAACGCCGCCCUCAAGUCCCUCUCCGCCUCUUCCCCGCCGCUCGCGUUCCGCCUCCUCUCCUCCCUCCGCCGCCUUCACGCCCCCGAUCGCCUCUCCUUCCUCCCUCUGCUCGGCUCCACCUCCUCCUUGCCGCUCCUCUCGUCCCUCCACGCGCUCCUCCUCCGCCUCGGCUUCCUCUCCCACCACGCCAUCUCCCUCGCGCUCCUCAAACCAUACCCUCUACCCCACACACGAACCCUGUUCGACGAAAUGCCCCAGCAAAGCAAGUGCGCCGUCGCCUACAACACGCUCAUCACUGCCUAUCUGAAAGCCAAGGAUCUCUUCACCGCGCGCCACCUGUUCGACGAAAUGCAGCGGUUCAAGCGCUCCAGGAGAAGCGUGGUGUCCUGGAACGCUAUGAUCGCGGGGUGCGCGUGGUGCGGGAGCGACGACGUGGCAGUGCGGUAUUUCGAAGACAUGGUGCGGGAGGGCCAGGUGGCGCCAGAUGAUGGGACCCUUGCUGCGGCGCUGCCUGCUUGCGGGAGGACGGGGAACGCCGGUGCCGGGAGGUGGGCACAUGAGUACGCAUCUACAACGGGUAUUUUAGAUAGGUCAGUGCAUGUUACAAAUGCGGUGGUUGAUAUGCAUUGCAAGUGUGGUGACCUUAGCAGCGCCAAAGAGGUGUUCCAAGGGAUGCGACAGCGGAGCGUGGUGAGCUGGAACACGAUGAUCUCUGGGUUUUCGUUGAAUGGGCAAGGGAUUAAGGGAAUCGAGCUGUUCCAGGAGAUGAUGAGCUCUGGAGAGGCUCCCAACGCAGUGACUUUCCUGGGGGUGCUUAGUUGCUGUGCCCAUGCUGGGGCCGUAGAUGUUGGGCAGGGGAUCUUCCAGAGUAUGCAGUCAGACCAUGGGAUUGAGGCGGAAAUCGAACACUAUGGGUGUAUGGUAGAUUUACUUGGAAGGUCCGGUCUUCUCGAGAAGGCGCAUGCACUGAUUCAAGAGAUGCCAAUGAGGUCUAAAGCUGCAAUAUGGGGAUCGCUUCUAAGCGCAUGCCGUUCCCAUGCUGGGCUUGGCAUUGCCGAGGUAGCUCUCAAAGAGCUUAUUAGUCUGGAACCUUGGAAUUCAGGGAAUUAUGUGCUGCUGGCCAAUCUUUAUGCACAAACAGGACGGUGGGAUGAGGCAGGGGAUGUGAGAAAACUGAUGAGGAGGAUGAGUGCUCACAAGGAGCCAGGGCAGAGUCUAAUAGAAGAACCAAGUUCAAGUUGACAAAAUAUGUGCUCGUAUUAUGAGUUAACUCUGAAUAUACACCUACAACCGAGCGGGUAAACAACAGAGAAGACCUAUAGGGGAAGGCUCUGUGCAUUGGCCAAUCUUAUCAAUAUCAUGGGAUGUGGUAUUUACAGGUAAUCACUUAAGCUAUAUUUUUAUGUUUCCAGCUUCUUCAACAUUUAUUUAGGAUGGUGAACUGAAUAGGUGGUAGCUUUGUUCAGUGCUCUUUUCCUAUAGAGUUAUACCCAAUGUGGAAUACAUUCUUGUGGUUAGUUCAAGACCAAUAUAGGCACUAGACAGUAGGCACCUCAAUUCUCUUACUUCAACGGUGGGAGGAACCGCUGUGGUAUUUUAUUAAGAGAGUGGUGAAACUUGGGCUGCCUAGCACACCACCUCAUAUGCCCCCAAGUCUUUCUCCUAGGCAUCUCAAUUCAUACGAUAUGCAAUCAAUUGGCUUAUUCGAAAUUGUAAAUCUCACAACAUUACACAACUAGCUGACAAGAACAAAGAAAUGUGAGUAAUGCCUUCUAUCCUGGAGUGAGUAUACAUGUAGGUUGCCACUAUCAAUGGUGAUAUUGAUAGUUAGCAGUAGCACAUCUAUUUUUAAUUUAAUUUCUGAACAUUAUGUAGCUGCGAUCUAGUCCUUAUUUCCUUAAGAUGAAAUCACACUUCAAUGGAGCCGCAUAUCACAAAGAAAAUUGAAUGAAGCAUGCGUAUAUUAGUUGAAUGAAUCCACGUAUCACAAAGAAACUUGAAUGAAGUGUUAUUAGUUUUUUGUUUUGGUUUUGAGUGUUAGUACUUUUCAAAGUGUUGAACUAGCUUAUCUUCUGAAAUGUAAACAGAAAUAGUAUGAAGUGACCAUUUAACCAUGAGAUUGAGUGGCAAAGGAUCUAUCUGGAAGACUUUAUUUCAUUUCCAUUUGCUAGUGAUCACCCUGGAAGUUAUCGUGAAAUUUGAAUUGUCCGAUAAAGAGUUAUUUGCCAAUUUUCUUCUGGAGAGUUUGGUAUAAGAGUCUGCAGUUCUGUAAUUGCCUCUCCAUGCUGCAAUGUAGCUUGAUAAGAAUUAAGAAAUAAGUAUGUGCAUGAUUUAGUAGACCCAUUGCUCCAAAUAUUUGUUCGUGAUAUGUAUUGGUUGGUUGCGUGUAUUUCAAACAUCAGCCUCACAAGAUAUAUUGGAAAAGUGGACUAACUUGAGUGCUGGAAAUUUUAUGAUAGCUAUAGUUGUUUGUUCAAUAUGUAUUGCAUUUGUCCAAUUCAGUUUGCAUUAUAUACUUUCGGCAAAGCUUACUUACUCCCGAAUAUGGCCAACUCCCGAAUAAACCAUAUUCUUCAACAUAUCAGUGAUAUACAUCUGUUAAAAUUGUUUCUCAGAAUAUGUCCCUCUAUUGAGCUAAUCCAACUAUUGACAAGUUACUCUCCCUUUUUUCUUCUUACUAAAAUUCUAUGCCGAAUUGCUGAUACUCUAAAUGCCUGGACUAAAAGGCAGUUUCCUUUCAACCUUGACGUGUAUUAUGCUUCCCGAUUUCAGUCUUUUCCUUCUUUAUAAUUUGCUGCAUUUUCUUAAAACAAUGGCGUCUUUUCCAAUGUUUUAAACAAAUUAACAUAUAUCAGAUUCUUCAUGUAACGAAGCACCCGGAACAAUGGGAAAUCUUAAAACAGUGUUCUUAUUAUCAGAAGAAGGGGAAAUGUUAAAACAUUGUUUUUCUUAGUAUCAGUACUCUCUUUUUUCCCCAUUGUUUUUUUGCAAGAGUUUGUCUGAUUCUGGAAUCACACUCACAUGAUCCUGCUCCUUGAUAGGUUUAUAUUUGUAAGCAGGCCCCCUAUAUAUCACCAGAAAAUAUUGCUUACAAUCUGUAGCAUUUCAGCUAUCCUCUCUCAACUGAUGGUUAAGUACCUGAGUUAAAACUAGACCCUUAUUUUAUCUUUUUAAAGCAUAGUUGAUGGAUUUGAAAAAACAGACUUAUGAAAGUUCCAGUGCACCGACAAAAGCUUUUGUAAACCAGACUUAUUUUGUCAGUUUUGUAAACUUGCUAAACUCCUUAAUUAACAGACUGGGUCAAAGCUUUUGCCCCCAUUCCGGAAAAAAAAUCCAGUGCAGGAACUCUCAGUGCUGAGACUACAGUUUAUGGUUUUUAUGCAUACAUCAGUUUGGUCACUCUUUCAGCAUUUUACUUGCGGGCACAAAAGGCUCCUGGAAGUUACUAAAGAUAGGCUCUGCAUCAUUGUAGCAUUCAGAAGGAAAUCUGACGCUGUUAACACGUACAGAAUGGCAAACACAAAGAAACAAACUUUCACACAGAGACGUAUACACAUUUCAGACCCAGCACCAACCUUGGCACUUUCCUUUUGUGGCCUCCUCUAACAGGGACAACUCGAAAUGAUAAUUUUAUGUUCCCAACAAAGGGUAAACAAAAUCAAGAGAUGCUGCCUAGAACCAUAGGACAUUUUCGGUAUUGGGCCUUGUGAUUUUGUCCCUGCCUUCUCUUUUCCCUGCUCCUUGAAAUUUGUCUCCCCAUUGUUGAUCUUAAAACCGCAAAAAGGAUAUGGAAGAACCAUAAGGGGGAGGAGGAUGUGUUGAUCUUCUCCUUUACUUCCAAAAGCUCUUUUUACACCCAGCCGUCCGUUUUUUAUGUAUCGUGCUGUCAAACCUGAACCAUGUAUGAUUGAAUUGGGUAUUCGAUGUUGCUGACAUGCGGAUCUAUGCCUCUAGAACCCUAAGAUGAAAUCAUAUUAAAGUGUGUUGAUUAGAGUGCUGCAGGAGAGCGGGUUCAUACAUAUUGUUCCAUCCCAGUAGGAUCUCUUUGCUAAGCAGCCAAACAAACAGAUAGGAUUAUCACACCGAUCAUGAAAGCUCAGCUGCAUUUGCAUCAUCAACGGGUGCAAAUUAGGUAUGAAUCAAGAAACGUUAAGAC